UGAAGGGCAGUGGUGAGGUUGAAAGUCUUCAAAGGUGCAUGGGCAACAGCCAAACCAGCAUGAAGAGAAACACUGACAAACAUCAGCAGCAACUGAACCAGAAGGAUAUGAAUGCACUUGGCCAAAAUCCAGACAAUGGAUUACUGGGUACUCAUGUCAACCAGACACAGGACUCACUGAAGCUGCAGGGAAGUGAGAUUCAGUCUUCAGCAUCGGAAGACUGUGAAGACUGGCUUUCAACUCACAGUUUAAAGUUUGAGAAACUCACUUUGGCUGACCUGAUAAGCCAGGGCACAGCUGUGCUGGAGGAGGGCAGCAGUGUCACACAGGAAAUGCAUUUCUCCACUCAGACCAUCUGCCACUUUGAAUCAAAGCUUUCUGAAGUUGUUGAACGCUAUCAACAGAGAAUUCAGUGGCUCACGGAAAACAGCAAGAAGGCAUUUGGCCUCAUCCGGGGGACCAGAGUGGCUGUCCUCAUCGAUGUGUCCGAGGUCGGCAGUGGCCCUGGGAUGGAAGAAUUCCAAAGCGACUUCUCGAGCCUGGUUGACGAGCAGCUGAGCCUCAAGGAGAAGCUGUACGUCCUGUCCUUCGGCACCAGCAUCAGGCGCCUCUGGCCAGGCCCCGAGGAAGUCACAACCUCCAGCCUACAGGAACUCAAGCUCUGGGUAAAGAAACUGCAGCCUGAAGGAGGCAGCAAUUUACUACAAGCCCUGAAGCAAGUCUUCACUCUACAAGGCCUGGACUCCCUGGUGACCAUAAUGAGAAGCUGCCCAGACCAGCCCUCUGAAAUUCUGUCAGACUAUAUUCAGCAGUCUACAGUGGGAAGCAGCUUCGUCACCCACCACAUCACCUACCAGUGUGGCGAUCAGGUGCCUGCCGCUGUCCUGAAGAACCUUGCGGAAGCCCUCGGGGGGCACUACCACUGCUACAGCCCCGAGACAGAGCUCUACACCAGUCGGGAUGUGGAUGAGCUCCUGGCAGAACUGCAGAAGGCCGAGGACCUGCUGAGCCGCGUGAGAGCCCUGCGCCAGAGCAGCCCCUGUGAGGAGCUGGCCCGUGUGAUGCAGGAAAUUGCCACAGGGUAUACAAAAGGAUCGCUCACAAGUCUCUUGCCUAAACCCCCAAAGCAUGACACUCCUCUCACUCUUGAGUUCCCAAACCUGGAAAAGACUUCUGCAGAAUGGCUAAAGGUCAAUGGCCUAAAAGCCAAGAAAUUAAGCCUUUAUCAGGUUCUGGCACCCAAUGCGUUCUCUCCUGUAGAAGAAUUUGUGCCUAUUCUCCAGAAAACAGUAUCAUCAACUAUCCACGAGAAGGCAAUGGUACAGUUCGAGUGGCACGACGGGACGGUGAAAAAUGUCCAUGUGGAUCCACCCUUGCUCUCCGAAUACCAGAAACAGCUCAGCAGAGCCAUGCGGAUGUACGAGAGGCGGGUCGAGUGGCUCUCCCUGGCCAGCAGAAGGAUCUGGGGCACCAUCUGCGAAAAGAGGGUGGUUGUCCUGCUCGAUAUCUCCGUGGCCAAUUCCAUGUUCAUUAUUCAUAUCCAGCACUCCCUGCGGCUGCUGCUGGAGGAGCAGCUGUCCAACAAGGACUGCUUCAACCUGGUGGCAUUUGGAAGCGCAGUCGAGAGCUGGAGGCCUGAGAUGGUUCCUGUGAGCCACGACAAUUUACAGAGGGCUUGGAGGUGGGCCCUGGGCCUGCAGUGUCAGGGCAGCAGAAAUGUCCUCAGCGCCCUGCGGAAAGCUGUGGAAGUGGACUUCAGGGACAAAGACAGACACCAGUCGCAGGGCAUCUACCUCCUCACGGGAGGCAUCCCUGACCAGGAUGUGCCCACGCUCAGUGCUUACAUGGCUGAAAGCUGUGGGGGCUGCGACCUGCAGCUGAACGUGUGUCUCUUCUCGGUGGGUGAGCCACAGAUGGACAGCUUGCCUCCUGCCUGCUAUGCUAGCCGCUUGGACACAGCCAGUGCCUACAGGGAGGUCGCCCGGGCUACUGGUGGCCGCUUCCACUGGUUUGGAGACACAGGCAUUUAUGAGAGUGAUGACAUCAAUGCCAUCACAGCCGAGAUGGAAAAGGCCCUCAGCUACUCCCAAAAGUGCGCCUUACUGGUGGCCUCCCUGAAGAACCAUUUGGGAAAAGAACUGGAAAGUGCAGCCCUCUCUAAAGAAAAGCCAAAGAUGCUCAAGCAAAGAAGUCAGCCCAAGAAAUCCUCACCACCCAAGCCUACAGCCCCCUCGAUGGCCAGAAUGAACCUUAAAGAGGACCCAAAGAGAGAGAGGAGCCCUCCAUCAAAAGCCCUGAAAUGCCAUCCACUCAGUGGCAAAGUGGGCAUCUGCCCAGCCCAGCCCUUGAAAGAAGGGGCAGCAGAGUGGAGGAGGAAGACCAGAUCACAGGCAGCGGAGGCAUCUCUGUCCCUGUUCUACACAGAGACUGGCAACAGAGUAGGCUCAGUAUACAAGAAGUACCCUCAGAGAAGAAGCAUAAGGAGGACCGGAUCUUCUGUUGAGUUGCCCAGGAAGGACACAGUUUGCUCAAGCCAAGAGUGGGUAGCAAAUUACGGGUUGAAAAAGCUGAAGCUGGAGAUAUCCAGAUGCCUGGGUCCCAACUGCACCCAUCCAAAGUCAGCGCAGAGUCCAGCCAGGCACUGCGAUGUCUUCCCCAGCGCGGAGAUCAAUGGAGUGGUGAGACACAUUCAGUGGACACUCAGGGAAAUGGACGUGUAUAUCGCGUGUCUGGAGAAGGUGACGAGGUGCUACACCCAGAGGCUGCAGUGGCUGCUGUCCGGGAGCCGUCGACUCUUUGGUGCCAUCCUAGAGAGCCAAGUGUGCGUCUUGCUGGAUACAUCGGGAUCCGUGGGCCCCUACUUGCAGCAGGUGAAGACAGAGAUGAUCCUGCUGAUCUGGGAGCAGCUGAGAAAGCGCUGUGACAGUUUUAACCUACUCAGCUUUUCGGAGGGGCUCCAGCCAUGGCAGAACACUCUGGUGGAGGCCACAGACGCAGCAUGUCGGGAAGCCACGCAGUGGGUGACCCGUCUGACGGCUCAGGGGAGCACCUCAGUCUUGCAAGCUUUAUCAAAAGCUUUCAGUUUCCACGGUGUGCAAGGGUUAUACCUGCUGACGGACGGGAAGCCGGACACAAGCUGCAGCCUUGUCCUGGAUGCGGUGCAAAGACUGCAGGAGGACAGGGCCGUGAAGGUGCACACCGUCUCCCUGAGCUGCGAAGACAGAGCAGCUGCUGAGUUCCUGAAGAAGCUCGCUGCCCUCACUGGCGGCCGGUACCACUGCCCUGUCGGGGAGGACACACUCUGCGGGGUCCGCUGCCUGCUCACCAGGGGCUCCAUCGACGAAAGGGACCCCCCACUGCCACUGUUCGAAGGCGAUGACUUGAGGAUAUUAGCUCAGGAGAUCACCAAGGCCAGGAGAUUCCUUGCACGAGCCCGGGUCUUCAGGUGUGUUCUUCAGGCAGUGCUGCCACCAACCUGUGCUCCAGCCCACCCGGACCCUGGGCCCCGUCCAGACCAGCCCACCCUGGUCAGGGCACCCUCACUUCAAGAGCUUUUGUCCUGCUUCUUCCCACUCCCCGGGCCCAGAAAUAUGGGCAUCGAGGAAACUGUCUUCCUCCUCUUCUUACCAUCAGAGCCCAGCUCCAGAAGAAAAGCAAUGCAGAAGCACAGGUUACUCCUGAGUAGAGAAAUGUUCUCAGUCCUCUGCCUGGGGACUCUCAGCUCAGGUGACAUCAGCCCCACUGUGAAGAUGUCUGUGGGGCCCACAUAG